GAGCUGCCUGGAUUCAUGUCUGAUGGAACCUUCACUAUUGGAGCCAUUUUCCCCAUGCAUUACCGAGUGGAGCUUCCACACACUGACUUCAAAAUGCCACCUGUUUCUGCCCAGUGCAGAGGGUUUGACCCACGUGCCUUCCGCUGGGCCUUAACCAUGAGGCUGGCUGUGGAGGAGAUCAACAACAGCAAAGAUUUACUACCUAACCACACACUGGGCUAUAAGAUUUUUGACUCCUGUGCCACGCCAGUGACAGCACAGAGAGCUGUUCUUGCAGUACUGAAUGGAGAAGACAGUAGAGAGAAUACAAUGUGUUCUGGUACCAGUCCUCUUCUGGCUAUAAUUGGGGAAUCUGGAUCAUCACAGUCCAUUGUAGUGUCCAGAACACUUCAACCUUUCAGAAUCCCAAUGAUCAGUUAUUUUUCGACUUGCUCUUGUCUGAGUGAUAGGACACAGUUCCCCACAUUUUUUAGAGUUGUGCCAAGUGAUGAUUACCAGGUAAAAGCCGUUGCUCAGCUUCUGAAACACUUUGGUUGGACAUGGAUCGGUGUGGUAACAGAGGAUCAUGAUUAUGGCAGAUUUGCAUUGCAGGGCUUAAAAAAGGAAAUAGAAAAUACUGACAUCUGUCUGGCCUACCAUGAAAUGAUCCCCAAAGACUACAACACAGAGAGAGUUCUUGAAAUACUCGAGGUGAUGAGAAGUUCCACUGCCCGAGUGGUGGUGGUGUUCUCAGGCGAGGGGGAGUUUUUUCCUUUCCUGAAAGAGUUCAGGAAACAGAACAUCACAGGGAUCCAGUGGAUUGCAAGUGAGGCGUGGGUCUCUGCCUCUGUGCUGGCUGAGACUUAUCCUUUCUUGGAUGGCACUAUUGGUUUUGCUGUCCGUAAGGGUCAUGUCCCAGGUCUUAGAGAUUACCUGAUGACAGUGGACCCAUGGCAUUACCCCUCUAAUGCCCUUGUACAGGAGCUAUGGGAGACUCUCUAUGGCUGUUCUCCCAAUAACACAACUGGAAAUAUCCAGUUGCCACCCUGCACAGGGCAUGAGAUUUUGCUAGAGCAGCACUCUGCCUAUAUGAACACCACAAGCCCUCGUGUUGCAUAUAAUGUGUACAAAGGUGUAUACGCUAUUGCUCAUUCCCUGCACAACCUCAUACAAUGCACCCCUGGCCAUGGCCCAUUCUUCAAUGCUUCAUGUGCUGAUAUUAAUAACAUCCAUCCAUGGCAGCUUCAGCACUAUCUUCAAGAUGUCUCCUUCUUCAUCUCAGACGAAAAAGUAAACUUUGAUAUGAAAGGGGAUUCUAUUCCAUCAUAUGAUCUCAUAAACUGGCAGAGGGAUGCGAAUAGACAGAUUCAGUUUGUGUCAGUCGGUCUGUAUGAUGAAGCAAAGGGUGCUGGGAAUGAGCUCAUUAUUGAUAAGGAGACAAUCAAGUGGACAGGACAACGGAAAGAGGUGCUGGUGUCUGUGUGUAGUGACAGCUGCCCUCCAGGAUCCCGGAAGGCUGUCCGUCCUGGGGAGCCUCUGUGCUGCUUUGACUGUGUACCAUGUGACAGUGGCAAGAUUAGCAAUGAGACAGAUUCAAUAGACUGCAUGUCCUGUCCUGAAGACUUUUGGUCAGAUGCUGAGGGAACUCACUGCAUACCCAAGGUUGUUGAAUUUCUUUCCCACGAUGCAAUGGGAGUGACUUUGACAGUGAUAGCAAUUGUAGGUGCCUGUCUCACAAUUUCUGUUCUAGCAGUAUUCCUCUAUUACAGAAACACUCCCAUUGUCCGUGUGAACAACUCAGAACUGAGUUUCUUCAUCCUAUUGUCUCUCACUCUAUGUUUCCUGUGUGCACUGGUGUUUAUCGGAGAACCUACAGACUGGUCCUGCAUGCUGCGCCACACUGCCUUCAGUAUCACAUUCUCCCUAUGCAUCUCAUGCAUCCUGGGCAAGACCUUAGUGGUCCUUGCUGCUUUCACAGCCACUCGGCCUGGAAACAACAUAAUGAAGUGGCUGGGGCCGAAGCAACAGAGGGUCAUCAUCUUCUCCUGUACUCUGGUUCAGGUGAUAAUCUGUGCUGCCUGGCUCAUUGCUGCUCCCCCUUUUCCCUCGAGAAAUACGCAGUACCAGCGCUCCAAAAUUAUUCUGGAGUGUAGCGUGGGCUCUGAUUUGGCUUUCUGGUGUGUUCUGGGGUAUAUUGGACUUCUGGCCUGUCUGUGUUUUGUGCUGGCCUUCUUAGCCCGGAAGCUCCCUGGAAACUUCAAUGAGGCAAAGUUCAUCACAUUUAGCAUGCUGAUCUUCUGUGCUGUUUGGUUAGCCUUUAUCCCAGCCUAUGUUAGCUCGCCUGGAAAGUUCACCGUAGCUGUGGAGAUUUUUGCCAUUUUGGCAUCCAGUUUUGGCCUAUUACUGUGCUUAUUUGCUCCAAAGUGUUACAUCAUCUUGGUACAACCGGAGAAGAACACUAAGCAUCACUUAAUGGGGAGAGAAAAAUAA